UUGCCGGGAAUGCAUACACCACGUGUCCUUUUGCCGGUCUUGUUCUGUGGGUGCAGGAGUCACAUUUUCAUAGAACAAGAGUUGUGGUUAAGAUGGCGACGCGGUGGGGUGCAGGCGAGGAGAUUUUAAGUGCCUGCAACAUGGAUUUUUUCUCUUCCAAUGCACUAAAUGAGGCGGUGAUCCUUCAUGGGGGCCUGUCCGGUGAGAGCAUGGCCAGUCUGGAGCUGGAGACGGGUGAGGCUCUAGGGGCCCUCAACAGCUGCCUGGACCCCUCCAUACUGUCAAUCUUUGAAGACACACCAACCGAAGAGGACAAAACUGGACUUGAUGAGGAGAAUGAGGCAACGCUGCUAACUGCUCUGACGGAGAUCCUGGACAAUGUAGACGAUGAGAACCUAUCCCCCUUCGACACACUUCCAGACUCUGAUCUUCUAUCUGGACAGAAAGGCAGAGAACAGUCACCGUUGAGGAAACUGCUCUGCUUGUCUCGCACACCACCAGAAAAAGAGAUGUACUGCAACACACGACACUUUUCCACUGGAAAGAGUCUCCCCAGAGCACAUGUGUCCAUCCAGAGGAGUGACGGGGAGGAGGAAGAAGAUGGAGAGGCUUGUUCUCUCUCCCUGAGCCCAAACAGCCACCCCUCAUCCCUGGAGCAAGGUCUCCUGGGCUGGGGUGACCUGCCUGUCCCUUUGGUUCUGGAACAAGAAAUGGAGGCGGAAGUCAAGAAUGGAGCAAGCUUAUCCGUGAGUCUAGGAGAGCUAGUCAGACACAUGCACCCCUACUGCAUGGCCGUGUGCCUGGAGAACGGUGAAGAACAGCUACUGCCAGAAGAAGGCAUUUUCCUGGAAGUGGUGGACCAGGGAGAGCAUGGCGAAACGAUAUUUGCCAUUACUGACAUGGGACUGCCUCUCACAGUCUCUCAACCCAAUCCUCCCCUGCCUGGAAUGGAAGUCUUGUCCGGAAUGGAGCUGAUGGUUCCUGCUGACGUUUUGCAGAACACUGAGUCUGCAAAUAAUAAUAAUGAUGUUGUUGUUGAUGAUGAUGAGCCUGCAGAAGUGGCGGACCCUGCUGCUAUCCAGAGGUGUGAGGUUAUUGGCAGAAGCCUGAAACAAAAGAUGUCUGAGAGGUAUCCAUCACGACGGAAAAAGAACAGAAAAAACAAAGACAAAAGUUCUACUGUUGAGGUUGCCCUGGUACCUGCCCCAGCAGGUGGAAGGGUUCUGAGAAGUUCAUCCAAUAUGAGAGCCCCCCUGGAGCCCUUGUCCCAGAAGCCCAUCAAGGAGAAGGCCAAACAUGAGGAGAAAAAUGUCAAAGAGCCAUUUAUCUCUGCAAUCUCUACAGCUGAGGCCCCAAAACCCAAGCCGAAAGUGCUGCGCCUCGCCAAAACACAACAGUCUCAGCACCGCACAGAAGGCUCUGCUCUAACACUACCCACACAUCCUGGUGUUAAGGUUAUCCUAGGCUCUAAGCCUGUUUUUAAUGUCAGGCCCCUCGGCCAGCUUCCAAUGAGUGUAAAUACAACUCCUGGGAAGGUUUUUCAACCAAGCGCAGACUGCCCGAAGCCUCAAGGCCCCCCAGCUUCUGCAUCUGCCACGACAGCCACUCAGACAAUAGCCGUCACCAUGGUGACGCCGACCUCCUCCUCCUCCACUGCACCCCAAGCUCUGAAGCCCUCUAAAGCACCCAUGUCAUUGCCCUCUCCCAUGAAUGCGCCACCCAGCAUUGCCCCUUCAGCCUCACUCCAGAUGAACCCCCAACCUGUUGAAGCAGCAGCAAUCGAGCCCAAACCCAGGCCCCUGUCCCUGGAGCAGUACCGGCUGCUCAGACAGCAGAAGAAACCAGCCCCUGUCGGGAGAAAAGAGGACCAAAGCACCAAAUGGCCCAGCCUCCCUGAGCCCCCUACGGAGCUGCCUCCCAUUCCCUGUCUCCCAACCCCAUCCCUGAGAGACCCCCGCCGCACUCAACUCGUUCCAGGGAAGAACGAGGCGCAGGAGGUCAAAGCACCCUGGCAGCCGCUGGGUCCGGGAGCCCCUCCUACACCUGAAGCCCUGCUGGUGCCUCCUGCUUACAUGAAGUCCUCAAAGUGCUCUUCUACCAAGGUCGCUGGUGCGACUGCAGCCCUUACCGUCACUCCCCGGCAGGCGUUCAGUACUGCUGCAGCUAGCCAACCUCAGCCAACCCUCUCUGCUGUGCCAGCAUCCCCUUCAGGGGAGGUGGUGGCCCCACUGUCCCAGACCUCCUCUACACAGACCCUCUACCCAGAGCUUAGUUAUGUACAAUCCUCCCCUUUGCUCAAUAACCAGCAUCCCACCUUGAAGCCUGUGGUCCUUACCAAAUCUCAGAGCUCUGUUGGAGCCUCGUUGAAAACCACUACACCUGUCCACAGGCCUACCCAAAUUGCUGCUGUCCUACCCCCAAAAUCCACCCCUGUUGCUGCUACUGUCCCAGAGAGAACUUUAAACCCUGCUGUUGUUGCCUUUUCUGUCCAAAAACGUACCCUCACUGCUCUACCGAAGGUGGGUGCUACUCUCCAGAAGGCAGUAGCUGCUUUCCCUCAGCCUAAGAUGUCUUUAGCUACUGCUGCACCCACCCUGACCCAGGCCUCCAACCCUUUGUUGCGGUGUACUCCAACCCAGAAGGCCCCCAAAGCCAAAAGCCCCACACAGGAGUUGAUAGAGGCCUUCACCAGUGAAAUCGGAAUUGAAGCCGCUGACCUCACCAGCCUGUUAGAGCAGUUUGAGGAGACACAAGCCAAAGAGGAGCAGUGUGUUCUGGAGGUCUCUUGUAGAGCAGCCGCUGUAGGAAAUUCUAGUGUGGAGCAGCCAUGUGACAGGACGGCCGUGGAAAGAGUCAAAGCGCAUGACUUGAGCAACACUGCAGGUCUGACCCCUCCAGCUACGCCACCUCACCAGAUGUGGAAACCCCUGGCCCCUAUGGCUCUCCUUGGGAAGAACCGUGCUCUGGAGGCCCUUAAACCAUCGCCUUCCAAGGCCAUCCAGAUCGACCCGCGACCCCUGCCCUCAAACAAGCUCCGGUGCAAGCCUCCCUGCCACCCUGUGACCAUUGACCCAGUGGCUGUAAGUCUGGCUUUCUUAGACCAUGACUACUGCCUCCCUCAGAAGGAGCCUGUGGGGGUUUUGGGCGAGCCUGGCAAGCGCUGGAAUGUCAAACAACAAGCAGCCAUCACCAUCAAGACCAUCGAGCUGCUUAAUGGAACCAGGGCACCCCAGAUGAUUCCUGCCCCCCCUCCUCAGCCCCUCACCCCAGCCCUGGGCGAGAUCCCUCAGCAAGCCCCGAUUGGUCCUCAGUUCCUGGAUGUAAGGACUGUGAGUCCCAGCUCUAUGCUGGAGACGCCCGAAGCCUCCCCUAACAGGCUGGAGGAACAGGCUGGUCCUGUGGAGCGGUUUCCCAAGAAAGAGAGGUCCUACCGGGGCUACAACACUGACUCCUCCACCAGACCUAUCCCCGGCCCAAGCGAAGGAAAUCGAGGAAGGGAGAGGAAAAGAUUCCACCAUUCCUCAAGUCCGUGUUCAACUGGCUCAGAGACAGACUCUCACUCCUCUUCACGGUCUAGAUCCCGCUCACCACCCAGGAAAAGAUACAGGCCCCGUCGCCCGGAGAGCAGCUCCAGUGCGUCGUCUUGCUCGUCCCGCUGCUCCUCCCGGUCUCGCUCUCCUCCCCGGUCUUGCUCUCCUACCCGACGGCGGCGAUAUUCCUAUUCCUCUUCUCGGUCAGGAUCAUGGAGUACGUCACGUUCCCGCUCUCCCCUUCGACGGUCGUGGGGCAGAAGCAGCAGGCGACACAGCCCUUCGCUCAGAACAUGCUACAGGCCUGUAUCCAAAGAGAACACUGAGGAGGUGAAGAGACUAAAAGAGAAAGCUAUCGAGGAACGUAGGGUUGUUUACGUAGGAAGAAUCAGAGGGACAAUGACUCGUAAAGAACUGAAGGAUCGCUUCUCUCUGUAUGGAGAGAUAGAAGAGUGCACUCUACACUUUAGAGACCAUGGCGAUAACUAUGGGUUUGUGACAUACUACGAUACAAAGGAUGCAUUCACGGCCAUCGAGAAUGGGGGAAAGCUCCGCAAGCCAGACGAACUUCCCUUCGACCUCUGCUUUGGAGGAAGGAGGCAGUUCUGCAAGACAAGCUAUGCCGAUCUAGAUUCCAAUCGUGACUAUGACCCUUCGCCCACAAAGGGCAAGUUUGAUGCACUUGAUUUUGACACUUUACUGAAGCAGGCCCAGAAGAGUCUGAAAAGGUAACAAAGGUCAGCCCAGUGGAGGCCCUACGCUAAGACUUACCUCAGAGCCGUCGGCAGGCUCCUACUACUUUCAACGCUGCCUUUGCCUUGACCCAGGAGUGAAUCACAGUGCAUGGUUGAUGGUACAUUAGCCAGCUAACAUUAAUAAACAUGCAGAUGUUUUUGUUUGUUUGGGGGGAGGGGAGAAUCAAGAGUAAUGAUACCUUUUGAGGUUAUAAUGGUUAGACAUUGUACAAAGCUCUUAGGGGAAUUGAUAUAUUCCGGAGUCAAUGAAAACAAUGUUAUCUAGUAAUUUGAAUACAUUUUAUAUCAUGAUCAAAGAAAAUGUUUAAUGACAAGAAUUCUGUGCCUUCAAUAUGGGUUGUUUAAGUAUGAAAUUAUUUAUGCCAUGUUAAUUUCAAGCUUGUCUGUCCUGACAAACUCCUGUAUUUCCUUAUGUUUGGUUACAAAUGUUUGCUGGCUAAUGCAUUGAUUUUGCUUUGUGAAAUGGACAUUUGUCUUUGUUUUGUUUCUGCAAGCUUACACCUUCUAUUGAAGUGAAGAUUUGUAUGAAAAGUUUAAAAUAAACAAAAAAAAGAAAUUAGGAUAACUUUAUUUAAAUGUAUAAUCAGAAUUGCCAUUGUGUGGCAAGACAUUUUGCAAAAUGGGGUCAAAAACGAGUUUAAAUGAAUGUCCUCUGUUAUUUGGGAGAAGGUGGAAUUUACAUUGCUGAAAUGUACUACAAACUGAAAUAAACCAAAAAAUAAAAUAGUUGCCUUUUAAAAGUU